AUGGCCCCCCUCCCCUCGCUUAAGAAAACUCGAAACACUUUUGGAGUGGGACCACCUUCUUCUCUACACCCCCUCGACUCAUUGACACAUGAUGAGCUGGCCCUCCAAAGUAUCCAUCCAAAAAGGAAUGUAGACAACAUGAUGCAUGCAAGGAAAUUAGGAUUAGGACACCAUGAAGGCAGAUUAAUGUCGUACACUUCUUGGAGGAGAGCACUUCGUGGGAGGAGGGGUUCGUUCCUGAUAGGUUAUUUAUAUUUGGCCGAUCAACUGACAAAUGAGGGUUGGCCAACAAUGCAUAUUCUUAGGCGUGCACGGUGGCGUGAGCCUGAGGUGAUCCUAACGUGGAUAGGGCUUAAUUAA